CUUUCAUCUACAAUAGGAGUGUUUCUUGGACGCCAGCCAAUCCUUUACAUAACUGACCCAGAGAUAGUGAAAGCGGUUACCAUCCGGGACUUUGAUCACUUUGUCGAUAGGCUGUCCUUGGAAAGCAACGAGCCAAGAUACUUGCAGCGGAUGCUACUAAAUCUGAAGGGUGGAGAUUGGAAGGCCGUGCGAAGCUCAGUUACCCCGGCCUUUAGUUCAUCUCGUCUGCGAUACCUGUUGAAUCUUAUAGACGAAUGCGGCCAACAAAUGGUUCAAUACCUCAGACAAUUUGAUAAUACCGAGAUUGAAAUGAAAGACGUCAUGGGAAGAUUUACUCUUGAAGUGAUUGGUGCAUGUGCCUUUGGUAUCAAGUCGGAUUCGCUUUGUGAACAGAAUGCAAAGUUUUUGCAGGUUGCUGAAAAUUAUGAUCAUAUGCCAUUCCUUAAAAAACUAAGAGUAUUAUUUGUAUUGUUAUUCGUUCCGGAAUUCUCGAAACAAUUCAACAUCUCAUUCUUAGAUGAACACAAUAUUGCUGCUUUGAUUGAAAUGUUGCAAGAAGCAAAAUCUCAAAGAAGAUCGAAUACAUCUAAUAACAAACACGGUGAUUUUCUACAGUUAAUUUUGGACGCAGCUGAAAAGGAAUUAGCAGAAAAGGGUACACAGACAUGUCUAGAUGAUGACACAAUCGACGGACAAAGCAUACUGUUCCUACUUGCCGGUUUCGAGACAUCAAGUUCGUUGCUAUCUUGCUCUGUGUUAGUACUGGCAUACAUGGAGGAGGUACAAGAUAAACUCCGUGCCCACAUAUUUGAAGUAACUCGUGAUAAGGAAAUGACUUACGAUGUGCUCUCACAGCUUGACUAUCUAGAAGGAUUUUUACUUGAAACAUUACGCAGGUAUCCACCGAUAGCGAGAAUCGAUAGGGUAUGCGUGAAACCGUACGUAUUACCCGGAACUCAAGUUAAAAUAAAUGUCGGUGAUGUAAUAGCAGUUCCCGUAACCGGUAUUCAAAUGGAUGCCAAGUACUUCGAGGAGCCCGAAGAUAUCAAACCAGAUCGGUUCAUGAGGGAUGGCAAGGUUAUCAAACCCUCACACACAUUCUUGGCAUUUGGCUCCGGUCCCAGAAACUGCAUUGGUAUGCGAUUCGCCAUGUUUUCAGCCAAAUGCGCAAUGGUUCACUUAUUAAAGAAUUUUAAGUUCUCGGUAUGUUCCCGAACGGCAUAUCCAAUAGAAUAUGAAACCAAUUCGGUUUUCCUUAAGGCAAAAGCCGGCUUAUGGGUUAAAAUUGAAAAAUUACAACCAAAUGUAUAAAAAAUAUGUUUAUUAUAUUAAAGUAUUUUGCUGCACUUUUGUAAACGCUGCUAUGAAGAACCCUAUGGAAUUUCUGUAGAUGUCUUCAGUAGGUCGUAAUGGAUCAUUCUCAGGACCAAAUCGCUGCACCAUUAAUCUAAGAAUAAAAUUAUAGUUAUGAAAAAUAAAUGAAGUAUUAUUAAAGGUAUGAAA